AUGGCCGAGACCGCGCCCGCCGCCGCGCCCGCCGCCGCCGCCCCGGCCCCCGCCGCCAAGAAGCCGAAGAAGGCGGCGGGGGGCGGCUCCAGAGCCCGCAAGCCGGCGGGCCCCAGCGUCACCGAGCUGAUCACCAAGGCCGUGUCCGCCUCCAAGGAGCGCAAGGGGCUCUCGCUCGCCGCGCUCAAGAAGGCGCUGGCCGCCGGCGGCUACGACGUGGAGAAGAACAACAGCCGCAUCAAGCUGGGGCUCAAGAGCUUGGUCAGCAAGGGCACCCUGGUGCAGACUAAGGGUAUUGGUGCCUCUGGGUCUUUUCGCCUUAGUAAGAAACCUGGGGAAGUAAAGGAAAAAGCCCUCAAGAAGCGGGCAGCCGCUGCCAAGCCCAAGAAGCCGGCAGCCAAGAAGGCCGCCAGCACUGCCAAGAAGCCCAAGAAAGCGGUGACAGCGAAGAAGAGCCCCAAGAAAGCGAAGAAGCCGGUGGCCGCCGCGGCCAAGAAAGCGGCCAAGAGCCCCAAGAAGGCGACCAAGGCUGCCAAGCCCAAAAAAGCGGCGGCAGCGGCGAAGAGCCCGGCCAAGGCGAAGGCGGUGAAGCCCAAGGCAGCCAAGCCCAAGGCGGCCAAGCCCAAAGCGGCCAGGGCGAAGAAGGCGGCACCCAAGAAGAAGUAAGCCCCCGUGGAAGAGCCCUCUUGCUCGGCGCUUAAACCCAACGGCUCUUUUAAGAGCCACCCAAAUUCUCUCAAAAAGGGCUGAAACGCAGUAGUUGUCACCCCGUU